CCCCCCGCGAGCCGAAAACCUCAAGCCCCGGAAGAUCUUCUUGCGAAUUGGGUCGGCGUUUCUCGCAUCGAGGAGGAUGAAUUUCAGGAGCUUCGACGAGUUCUGGCCCUUCUACGUGAGCCAGCACUCGAAGCCGGCCACGCGGCGCUGGCACUUCGCGGGCACCCUCCUCAGCGCCGUGCUCUUGGUCUACGCGGCGGCGUUCAACUGGUGGGCCCUCUUCCUCGUGCCCGUCGUGGGCUACGGCCUCGCCUGGUACAGCCACCUGUUCGUGGAGGGCAACGUGCCCGCGACGUUCGGGCACCCGCUCUGGUCGCUCCUCUGCGAUUACAAGAUGUUCGGCCUGAUGCUGACCGGGAAGAUGGACAGGGAGAUAAAGCGGCUCGGGAAGAGACCCAUCUUGAAUGGCUUCUGAAUUUGGGGGAUGAAUGGCUUGGAUUUCUGUUUACAUAUACGUGAAAGCUAAUUUACAAGACUAUGUCCCAUGGAAAGUUGAAAAGUUGUGGCAGGAGAUAACCUUUUCGAGGAUAAGUGAAGCAAAAACCGGAACUUCCCAAGAAUAAGUAACAGCUCAUGUCAGCAUUGUAAUGCCCACAAGUCUUUGGAUUCUUCACUUGGUAUGCCAUGGAUUCUUGGUUCUCUACUUUGCAAACCUCGUGGACGAUAUAUCGGCUCUUCGUCUUUUGAAUAAAAGAACAGAGGGAGUGUGCCACAAACGACAGAGGCAAGCAGGAAGUUUUUGCCAGCUUUGAGACAUGAUGCUGAUACACAAACAGAUGAUACCAUGUCUUUCCAUAGAUCAGUUGUUUCUAGCAAUAAGAGGAACCUUUUCUUCCA